UCUUCAUUAUAGCAUCAUGGCACAAGAAGUUGAGCCGCAUCAUCUCCAUGCUUCUGCGAAUGGAAAUCUUCAACGUGGACCUACUCUUCAAAGGAACGAAGCUUCUGCGAUUUCUGUAAGAGCGGUUCCUGGUGGUCGUGGAGAAGAAGCACUUGCAGCUCAGGAGCGUCAGCAAGCCCAGAAGCUUCAAGAGCGACAUGAAAAUAUCUUCAAAACCAACCGAGGAGGACAAAGCAGCGAUCAAGGGGGCAGUCAUCAUCAACAACAACAGGGAGGUUCAUCUUCUUCGCUCAAUAAUCGCCUAGACGCGGGUCCUUCUCGCGAUCCUAACCCAGCCUCGCACUCUGAGCAGUUUUCUGUCAUUAAGCGUCUUGUUCUUGCGUGAAGUUCUUGAUAAAGGUAGUUAUUAAGUAGGGCUUAAAAGCAGGAGCCCUCUACUUCUUUCACCACCUAAAAAAGUUGAUGAGGUUCUCGUCUACGAGACAUAAUAAACUUAUUCAAGAAAGAACAUAAGCUUUCUUGGUUCGUCCAACGAAUACUCCAUUGCUAGUGCUACGACGAAAGUCCACAAACGGUUUCACAUGAUGGCAUGGUGAACUACAUGAUGAUCUAAUACACGCAAAGGCAAAGCCUUUCUGAAGCGCAAACUGAGACCAUUGCGUCCAGAGCGAAGAGAUUGCGCGCCCGCACUUUGUGGUAUUCUGAUGGCGCUGCAACAAGGUGCACAAGCCCAAUUAGCCGUCGAAACCGGCAAUCCGUUUUUUGCAGCUUUGGUAAAUGAUUAUGAGAAUGGCAUGGUUGGCGGGCAUAGUGUGCGUGAUGUAUAAAAUACGCAGGACAUGAGGCAGGCGGGCGGCCGCUGCCUGCAAAGGAUACAACUAGACUAGUCAAAAAUCCACUCAUGCAAAUAAUAUAUUUAUUGACCCAACUUCCUCUAAUGAUAUAUUUUUUUGUUUAAAGGGAUAGAAAGAUCUUGGUCUUCUUCGGUUCAAAACAUUAUUGACCCAACUUCCUCUCUAACGCGAAGCAGUGAGUGCCAUUAUAGUGGUUACCGCAGCUCUAGUAAGAAAUGAACGAGAGAGGAAGUAUAACAGUAGCCUCAAGAAGGAAGCAGCUGCACCAGUUAAGGGUUACCGCAUCGCGCUCUUCACCGCGCAACUCUUUGAAUUGUUUUCCAGUAGGAAACGGAAAGGAGUCGGGGAUGGUCUGAAGAAUGCAAGUAGGUCGAACUUCUAAAGUAGAAGAAUUGAAUCUGAGGAAUGCAAGGCGCGCUGUACCAGUGAGGGGACGUCGAGAAACUUAUGUGAGACUUGUUUGUGGUACUAUGCCAUAGGUCUUACGCUUACAAUUGUAAAACGCUGUCUUUCUUCUAAAGUAAGAGCAGUGAUGGGGGCGACCGUGAUGAAGACGGCUACGUCACCUCAAGGGGAAGCGGAAUCCAACUCAAUGUUAGGCACACCCACGCGCGGACAAGUGCUCAGGGACCCAAAAGGAGUGGCCAGGGAUCCGGCAGGUACGCAUCGAACUACAUUGCGCAAGCCCCUGCAGCACCGAAACAACAAGAUCCACCAAGCUCAACAAAACAAAACCAAAGAUCCUCCGGAUCCGGGACAAGGAGUUAAGGACUUCUGCUAAUUGUUGACCACUAGGCGAUGGUAGGUAGUACUGCUACUGUUUAGUUAUCCUUAAUUGUUGACCACUAGGUAGUACUGCUACUGUUUAGCUAACCUUAACAAACGUCAAGUUUUGCUAGGCGCAUCUGGACUGUUGACCACUAGGUAGUACUGCUACUGUGUAGUUAACACACGUCAAGUUGUCCUAGGCGCAUCUGGCACAAUUCUACUCCCGCCUACAAUAGUACGUAGUUAUUAUAACAUAGUUGAUUUUGACAGAAAAAGUGUAAAAGAGCUAUAUCUCUGACCCUGAGAGCUUCUAAAAAACCAAGAAUGCUUGGGAUCCUGAUAGCGGUACAGUGGUACUGCCUUCAUCCUCUACCAGCGUUGAGCCCUUUGCUGGACAAGUUAAGGGCUGCUAGGCAAAUGCAUCUUCAGUAGAGGACGUGUACUUAGAUCUUUAACUGGGGAUAUUUUUCUAAAUUAUCUAAAGAGCAGGCACUCCCUCGUACACAGACAACGGAAUCUCUUGUAGAUACAUUCUUGCUAUUUUUGCCUAAGAUUAACUUCGUCCGUAUCAGCGCAUGUCCAAAUGCACUUCGUCCGUAUCAUCGCUGUCGAUGCGGGACGAACUGCAUUUGGACACGUGGAUUUCCUUCGUCGCUGCCUAGGUCUCAAGCCGAUUUGGCCGCAUGUGGUUGUCGGGGUCUUUGAGUCUGCUGAAUCGGGUCGAAACCUUUCCUGAGUAGAGUCCCAGUCAGUAUCAUGAUUAACUUCGUCCGUACUAUCAGCUCACACAUGAUAAUUUUCAUUUUCUAACGUGUAUCGCGGCGAUAAUACGCUAGCACAAGAUCAGCGAACGCCUUCGUCCUUCAGAGCAGAGGCGUCUGGAGUAGAAGGCGAGGUCCGUUUUUCGGUUUUUGCAUCGCCAAAUAAUGCUUCAGAGAAUAGCAACAGAACAAGACGAGAACAUGAGUUACGAUGAUAUGCAGUGGUUGUUUACAAUGAUUGAUUUAGGUUAAGUACAUGAUUCAGACAGAAGGUAUUAUCGUGCAAAAAUGUUAUGUCAGUGAGAGGACCUGAUUAAUACAAUGCUGGCUGGUCAGGAAACCUUCUCCCAAAAGAAAACGUCGUCUAAUGCAAAGUCGGGAAGUAGGCAAUUCAUCAUCCUCUGAGGGCAGCAGCAGUUGCAAGGAGCGGCUGCUACGGUUGCUUUCCGAUAAUCCUGAGCUAGUGGUGGAAGUAGGUUCGACUAUGAUUGAUGGCGUCCUGGCUUCGUCCGGAAUUGCCGCAGCAUGUGCGUCUUACCCAGAGGCGGGACCGAUAUGUAUGUGGAAGGUGAUUCAAAUGCCUAAAAGUAGUUGAGCAGGCGUAAGUAGGUUCAGCAAAUAAGUAAGCACUCUCCCCAGCACCGUACUGGCUAGUAAAUUGAUAUCCCAUUCGCAGAAGGGAGUUAUUGCCGAUUUGCCAUUUUGCAUUGUCAGUGCAACUUUGGCCUUCUCCGUGUUAGUCGUAUCAUUCCAAAAAACACGUGCCUUCCAAAAAACACGUGCCCAAUUAUAGGACGGACGAAUCGCAAAUUUUGACUUUUGUACGUCGAGUAAGCUUUUGGUCUCUUCCGUAGGAGGGGCUGAAAUCCGAAAGGGGUAGCUCUGCCGUACUAGGGACUCAAAUCAGGAAAGGGUCGCUUCGAGCAGUUAGGGCUCCGGAAGGGCUUCUUUCUGAUUCCUUUCUGGCUCCUUUCUGAUAUCUGGCAUAGAAAGGGCUCCUUUCUAAGAAGGAGAUGGUUGUCAUAGAAAGGGCUCGUCUCGAAGAGGGCGAGGGGUUCUUUCAGACGAAGCUUCAAAAGGGGUUCUUUCAGACGAAGCUUCAAAAGGGGUUCUUUCAGACGCUUAUUCUUUGAUCUGAGUUGCUGCUGUACGCGGCAUUCGUCAGCCCUUGGCAGUGCAAGCCUUUCUAGAAGGGGGCUCCAUUCAGAGCCAUCUGUGGCUCUUACCGUACACGCCUGCUGCGGCUCUGCCGUGAACGCCCUUGGAUUGCUAAAGAGUUGCCUCCAAAUAGACGUACUUAUGAAGUAUCGCCAAGUUGCUUUUGAGCUCAGCCAAAGCUCGCGGCCUCCGCCGUACACGCCGUUAAAAGUCAAAAGAUCUUCUCCCAAUCGCAGGUCGGGGGUAUCGCAAAUUUUAUUUUUUUGGAUUUCUUGAGGCUCUGGACCUCUGCCAGUGCUCGCGGCCUCCGCCGUACACGCCGUUAAAGGUCAAAAGAUCUUCUCCCAAUCGCAGGUCGGAGGUAUCGCAAAUUUUAUAUUUUUGGGUCUCUUGAGGCUCUGGACCUCUACCGUACUGGCAACGUGAAGCUAAAAAUAACCUGCCCAUCAAAAGACGAAGACCAUGUUUGUGUUUCUCUCAAGCUACUAUCCUACAAAACAGCUUCCAAAUAGUACUAUUCAUCGACUUACAUCACAUGUUUCUUCUAAUCACUCGUUCGCAAUAGCACAUGUGGUGGGGCAAAUGUUGGUCUCUUUUUUGGUUGAUCCAGUACCAGGAGAGACCGAAGAGAGAACAGAAAGAGGAAACAGAAAGGCGUGCGUGGUGAGGCGCUAUCUUUCUUGCUUGCUCGUCGCGCCUUCUGCUGUUGCUAUCAGCGGAGACAUGUUACGCAUCACGCAGAAGAAAGCCGUAUUGUUCAUAAUUUUUCCUUUGCUGAUAAUUCUAACAACUACUUAUAAAUAUAUACUAGAAGUUGAUUAUUCAUGGUGUUUCUCAAUGUUUCAUUUUCACUAGUAAACAAUCCCCUAGUAAUGCUAAUCGUAAUCCCCUUGAAUUCUCCUUCCAGUUAUAUUUCGGUAUGGCAGUUGUGUCUGGGAUGCUAGCACGAGGAGCUCAGUCGUCUUUGGGUCGCCGAGCUGCGCGUUUUGCAUCUAGUAUGGCAUUGUACUUAUAACUACACUGAUGUAAAAAUCAUGAUCUUCAUAUUUCUUGAUCAGAAACAAGAAAGAAGCUUCAACAAGUUAGUAUUCGAAAAUUCAAAUAAAUAAGCGAGCUACUGACUGAAAUAAGAGAGUCUUGACUACAUUUCUCUUCUUUCAGUAUCUCCCUUAUUUUCAAUAGUUACUCGAGUGUUUCAGUUUUUCGAAUCCAGUCACGCCAGGAACGCCCUCACCGAAACCAGCAACGCCUUUACCUGGGUUCAUGGGUUUGGGGUUUGUUGGUUUUUGGGUCGGAGGUUCAGGGCUUGGGUGUUAGGGGUUGAGGUUUCGGAGGGGAAGCGUUUGUUGAAUUUUGUUGCUCUUAAUCAUUCUUGAUCAGAAACAAGAAAGAAGCUUCAACAAGUAUUAGCUCUAAUGCCCUUUUCGAUCCUGUCUUACCCUGGUGUUCAGAGCAAGACGACAGUCCCCCAGUAACGGCUUCUAGCCGUCCAGACACGCCAGGGACGCCCUCACCGAAACCAGCAACGCCUUUACCUAGUACGAUACUAGGAGCGAGGACAGCGAGAGCAAAUGCCGAUGAUGUCGAGGAUGAAGUACCACAAAGAGAUGGAGGAGUUGUCUUAUGCAUGAUAUGUAUAAAUAUGAUGUACUUAUUCAUUUAAUACAUGAUAUGAUGUAUUCAUUUAUAGAUUGUGAUAUGAUGUUUGAUGUAUUCAUUUAAUAUAGAUGAAAAAACGCUUCCGUUAUAAUUGGUUUUGUUUUUUAUCCGCAUACUUCCGUUAUAAUUGGUUUUGUCUAUCCCCUUAUCAGGGUUCACGCUUCCUCUGCUAUUCUAUUGAACGCACCAGGAACUGUUUCAUCUUGCCGGUGAUGACGAAUAGUCACUAGAGAUGUACGCAUGACAUCUCUUUCACGAUCUUGGAGAUUUCUAAUAGAGGCGAACUCUGGUCGUGCUCCUCCUCGUCAUCAAAAUACUACGAUGCUCAGUUCUGACAAUACUAGGGUACAGCGAACAAGUCCUCAGAACGCGCUGCUCUUCGCUGGUUUAGCUUACGUUACGGGUUUGAUAGUGCAGUUGCUCGCUCUCUUGGUUAUGGACGAGAUACUAUUUUUGUCUACUGGUCCACUUAUCUUGACUGCUCGUAUAACAAAAGUUUUGAAAAAAGUGAAAACAUUUUAGCACAGAAACAGAUAAAUUAUUCUAACAUGAAAACCAUCAGUAGGUCAGGAAUUCCAAUGGUGGAUCUCGAAAAGCCGAUGCAGAGUGGCAGCUUUGCGGGUCCAAUCUUCGGUGUGCUGGCUAUCAACUACCAUUAAGGACUGUUUUUGAAUACGCUAAUUUCAUCGUACAACUAACCUCUCAAGCCUUGGUCUUUCUGGCACUUAUCUCACGCUUUUUUACACGUCAUUCUUGUGCGACCACUAAUCUCAUCAAAAAUGAGUGACAUUGCGUAGGCUCAUACAUUAUACCAAAAAUCUUAUACACCUUGUUUUGCCGUCACCGCUAAUAAGACCAGUUGUUUCAUCAACAGAAGACUCGAGGACAAGAUGAAUUUUGUCAUGAUUCUGCAAGUAGACAUAUGGCGACCUCCUCCUGCAAUGCGGACGAAGACGAAGAGCAAGAUCGGCAACAUUUUUGUACUCCGAGUACUAUAAAUCUUCCGCAGUCAACAUGUGGUCCUGAUACGACGGAGAAACUAUGCAUGGAUGAUAUCUGUCAACAUUGUAACAAUACUUCUGACAUGUUGUUGACAAUUCAACAGUGCUAGAGGCCUACGUGACACUGUGACACAGGAAAAAAGCCAACUUCUACUUUUCCAGUCGUAAAAAUUUUAAAAAAUAAGAGCUACUUUUUAGUGACACUCACCCCUUCCUUGGUCAUUGUCAAUCUCGCUAAGAAUAGGUGGCGCAAACCAUGCUGCCGCGUCUUCCAGCUCAAGUUGCGUGCCUGGGGUAGAAACACCUGGACAAGAGGAAGGUUUGGCAUUAACGGAUGACGCCGAAGGGAGGGAUCCAAGUGGCGAAAGGAACCUAUGUGGGCAGAUGUCAAUUCCAGAACCACUUAUACAGUUGAAAAUACUAACUUAGGGGUCUCUAAAAACUUCAUUUUUCAGAGUAACCUUAUCCAUUGUCAACCAUCGCUCGCCAUUGUCAGACCCUGUUGUGGAUCAAUGCUGAUUCUGCUAACUUCUAUUUUUCCAGUCGUAAAUAAGUGGUGGCGUGGUGGUGGUGUGUGGGUGUGGUGGUGUGUGGGUGUGGUGGUGUGUGGGUGUGGUGGUGUGUGGGUGUGGUGGUGUGUGUGUAACGGAUGACGCCGAAGGGAGGGAUCCAAGUUUUUCUUCGACUUUUACCUACUAGUGUCAUCUCUAAGAUUUGCAGUAUCCACAGGCAAAGAUCGAGGACUAGCGCAGAAAUUGCUGAAAAAGGACCAGUUGGGUCCUCCGCUUAAGGCGCGCUUUAAUCUAGAAUUAUAUUAAUUUUCGGCUUAUGAAAGCAUCCACCUCAACAAGAGUCUCUUUGUCAAGGGUACAACAAAAUUUAGGUCUAGGAUCUCAAUGUAAGUACUUAAACUUACUACAAUUAUACGCUGCUGAUGUCUUCUAGGACCCCUUCAGUAUACCUACACAAGAACGAUGGACACCUGGUAGCAAUACCAAAAGCUCUAAUCCAUGCUACUUUGUGCUUCUCAUCCUUGGACUUCUCGCUGCCGCGACGCCUUUGGAAACGACCCGAGUGCUUGCGUCAGGAGAGCAACCUUGGACAGAGGUGGGAGAUCAGACUUUUAUGAGCAGAGUUGAAGUUGUAGGCUCCUUAGGCUUUACGGUCCUGCAAUUUGGAUUUAUUAUAAUGAAGGACUCUACUUGAAAACUGAAAAUAACCGAGUUACAACUGACUGAAAUAAGGGAGGUAGCUUUGACAGGGCUGCUCUUUCUUGCGUAGCUUAGCAUCGAGGCUACUCGUCCUUCUCAUCAGUAUCUCGGUUAUUCUGAUCAGUUACUUGCUUAUUUCAGUUUUUCGAAUACUUAAUUAUGUGUCGGUCCAGACUCUACAACUAAGUACGCAUGAUGUGCCGAUCCACAAAAAUAGGAAUCCUACCAGAAGUACGAGUUUAGGAGGGCUGUUGUUGUAUCCCGUUGUUCUAACGCGACAAUGCUAAUGCUGGCACACCCUGUGGCACAGGGCCGACUACGUUGACAAUAAGACCAUCUCUCAUGAGGCGCGUUGUAGAGGGAAGUAGUCAGUAGCUGUCUCUGAAGCCCCUGGAGUGGGUACAUUCAUUCAUUCACUGAGUCUUGUUGUUUCUUUCUUUAGACAGUCUCGACAUCCUCUUCUAAUGACCUAGCAGACUCCACUUCUGGGAACACGACAAUGCUAUCAGAAUCGAAGCUGCUUGCAACAACCAUGCUUCUUCUAUCAGCGGCUCUGUCACAGACGCCGGCGGCAGUUUCUAGACGAGGUGAUUUCUCUUAG